UCAAAAAACGUCACAUAAGAUCAAUAUGGCGCAUGUUGAUAUAUUGUUAAAUUGACAGCUGUGUUUGUCUUUGUGCUAAACGUACGUUCCGAUGGUUGCUUUGUAAUGUAUUUUUUGCAUCUCCAGCUCGAUAGAAACAAAUAUUAAAAAUGACUAGGCCUUUCGGCAACAGUGAUAAACGUUUUUCUAUCGACGACGCCUUCGAGGAGGAGACCGACGAGGCGAUCAAAGUGUACGGUGCAACGGGCGGACGGUCGCCUUUACAAAACAAAUUCAAGAAUGGAGGAGAUUACCUUUCUAGUAAAACCUACAAAUGCACAGAAGACACAACGUCGCGAGAUUCUGACUCUCUCAUCCACGAGUAUGUAGAGGCCUCACAGUCUCUGUACUGCUGGAACCAUCCCAAAGUACGCGAGAACUGGAAAACUGUCUGUGCAGCUGUCAUACUCCUUCUAGUUGGAGUUGGGCUGAUUGGCAUGGGCGUGUUCGCGGUCGCCGAACCAGAAAACGGCUUACAGGGUGCAGUAUUCUUCGUAGCGGGCAUGAUUUGUUUCGUACCGGGCGCGUACCAUGUGGUCUACAUAUGGCUCGCCGCGAGGGGGCAACGGGGUUACGACUUUUAUCACCUGCCUUUAUUCACUUGAUUUGUUUCCCUGAAAAUUUUGUUGUAUCUUUAAGCAAUAGAGAUGUAAAUGUUGAGUUUUUCUCAGCCGCUAUGUUGUUAAACUACUGGUUAUUAUUGUGAUCAUUGUUUGAAUUUAACAUACUCCUGUGGGGUGAUUUGCUAACUCAGUGAUUAACAUUAAAUGAUAACCAUAAUUCUCAUUUAACUUUAGUUGGGGCUAUGUACAAUGCUGGUUCACUGAGUGACAGUUAAAUAAUUUUUCAUAGAAAGCCUUGAAUGGAUUUAAAAUAAAUGUCAAAUGAGCUCAGUGACUAUCAUUCAGUGUUAAUCACUGCACUUUAGCACUAAAGUAGUGUAAGAGCAUAAGCCAAUGGGAACUAAAGAACAUUGCAUUGAUUACAUUAAGCUUUGGCAACACAGGGGCUGAACAAGUGUGAAUGAUGCAAAUGAGGAAUGACUGACAGCUGAUUUGCUCUCUAUACUUACUGGGUUAUCUAUAACAAUAUUAUGACGAUAUAUAGUUAACCUUAGCAUGACCUAAGCAUUAAAAAAAUAAAAUGAAGUCACACAAGAGUAAAAUGAACUAUUUCAAAAAAAAAAUUACAUACAACCUGUCACUUUUCUAUACAUAUUUCCUCAAAGUAACAGUAGUAUGAAAUGAUCUUCAAUUGCAUGAUAAUUUAUAAUAAUAAUACCUACUUGAAUUUACUUUGUCAAAAAUUUAAAGUGCCUAGUUAGUUAUAUUAAUUUAAAAAUUAAUUUUACUAUAGUCUUUAGCUUAUAAAAUUAUUGAAAUAUCAUUUUGUAAAUUCAAUUUUCAAUUAAAAUACUUAUCUGUAUAAAUAAGAAAUCCUAGUUUAUUGAUCUCUAAUUUUAAAGUUGAUUAAUUUUUUUUCUAGCACUUUCGGAAAAAUAAUAUUUUUUAACUUGCAUCUUUAGGUGUCUUAUUUUGUCAAAUUUUAUUUAUGUAAUUAAUUAAUUAUCUGUCUCAUAAAAUGUAUGCAUUGUAAUUGACUAUUUUAGUAAGUGUAAGUAAACUCUGUUACUUUGGAAAGUUAACUAGUCAUGUUUCAUGUGUUAGUUUCCUUUACUGUAAUAUCACUCAUGAAUUUGAUUUGAAACAACUGCCAGAUUAUAUAUUUUUCAUGUAACUAUCGCUUACAGCUUACGUAAUUUUGAAUAUAUCUCUUUAUAUAUAGAAAUGUGUAAGUAAAUUAUAAGUAAAAGAAAAUGUACUUUGUGUAGUGACACGCACGAGGACAAACAAAUACUUUGAAGUCUGUAUUUUUUUGUAACACAUUAGUGACAUGUAGAAAAGUUUCUUGUGGUAACUUGUGUGUUUGUGUUUUAUGCUUAUUAUGUUACAUAUUCAUCUAAAAGGCAGCUUAGCUUAGAGAAAGAAUUUUAACAUUAAAUUAUUAUAAAUUAUGAUGACAUUAGACUGUGGGGUGAUUCACUAGCUCAGUGUCUAAGGCUGAAUGAUAGCCAUCAAUCUCAUCUGACAUUCAUUUUUAAUUUAUUGAACAUUAUCGACGAAUUUUUUUUUUUUUAGUAUCACUCAGUGAAGCAGCAAUGUAGAAACAACCAAUGUCAAAUGAGCUCGGUGGCUGUCAUUCAUUGUUAGACACUGAGAGAAUCACCCUGCAGGUCCAUAUUAUAUAACAUUUUAUUCAUUCAUUUGCAUUCAUGCUACUUACAUAAUGAUAUGCAUAAAUCACUACCAAUAUCUUAAAUGUGAAAGUUGUUUGUUGGUUUGUCCUGCAAUCACAUGACAAUGAAGCCAUGAAUUUAUGUGAUUUUGCACGGAUAAGUAUAGUUAAAGAGCUGGAGAGUUACAUAAGCUACUUUUUAUCCUGGGAAAACAAAGAUAUCUUAUGGGAUUUUUAAGAACCUAAAUUGGCACUGACAAAGUUGCAGGCAUCAGCAUCACACUAAUAACAUUAUAAAGGCGAAAGUUGUAUGUCUAACUCUUUCAUGCAUACACUACUGGAUGGAUUUGACUUAAAUUUGGAACGGAGAUAGAUAAUACCCUGGAUUAACACAUAGGCUACUUUUUAUCCCGGAAAAUCAAAAAUGCCAUGCGGAUGAAGUCACGGGCAUCAGCUAGUAUGCAAUAAAAUGUUUAUUCUUGUAUAUUAUUUAGCAUGGAUUGAUAAUGGUUCAAAACUGCAUUGCUCACUGGUGCAUGCAGUGAAGUUGAAAGAAAGUGUAUCUAGUGGGGAGUCUAGUGGGAGUCCUCGGUCUAGGGCUCAUGAUUCUCCCAUUUUAAUUUAGUUCUUACAUGAACAAGCAAAAAUGAAAUGAAAUAUGUUUUAUAAAUUAUUAAGUAGUAUAAUCAAUUGUUCAUAUUAUGGUUACAAUGAAAAAGUAUAGUCGGAGCAAAAUAAGUAGUUCAAUCUGAACAACAAUGUACCUGUGACUAUGUUGUACGAAAACAGAUCUCAGAUGGGCUUGUGUAUUUUAGUCUAUGGCCUGCACUGAUCUCCAUGUUGCAAAUUCUGAUUGGUCUACUUACUUGAUUUGCAAUUACUGAAAUUAUUUUGUAACAAUGAACUUUGAUACCCAAGGUGUUGUGAAGAUUUUUUUAUUUUUUGUACAUGUAUGUUUACCUGAUCAAACUUGUUUGGUGGUUUUAAAUUUGGCAAAUAUUAACAAGUUUCAGUUAUUUCAGGUUUGAGACUAGACUUUCAUUGUUUAUAAAACUGUAAAUAUUAAUUUAAUAAAUAAAUAGUUUUAACUUA